AUGUAUGGUGAAUCAUUUGAGAAAAAGUUUAUGUAUUAUAUUAAAAUUGGUUAUUCGAAUGGAAAAAAGAAACCACUUGUUGUUAUUGAUGCUGGAAUACAUGCUCGAGAAUGGAUUACUCAUUCUUCAAUAUUAAUUAUUGCUGAACAUUUAAUAAAUAAUAUUAAUAAAUAUGAUAAAAUAUUUAAAAAAAUUAAUGUUAUAAUAUUUCCGGUUUUAAAUCCUGAUGGAUAUGUAUAUACAAGAGAAAAAGAUAGAAUGUGGAGAGGAAAUAGAAAUAUAAAUAUAAAUGAAAAUUGUGGUGUAGAUAUAAAUAGAAAUUAUCCAUUUAAAUGGAGUAACUCUUAUUGGCAUUGUUUAACAUAUCCAGGAACACAUGGUUUAUCUGAACUUGAAACAUUAUAUCAUUCAUUUUUUUUAAAAAAAAAUAAAAAUAAUAUUAAAGGAUAUAUUUCAUUUCAUAGUUAUGGAAGAUUAAUACUUUUUCCAUGGACACAUACAACAGAAUAUGAACCUAAAGAUUAUUAUGAAAUAGUUAUACUUGGUAAAAAAAUGAAAGAUAAAAUAAAAUAUCAUACAAAUGUAUCUUAUCAAAUUGGAUCAGCAUCAAAAUUAUUAUAUGAAGCAUAUGGAACAACACUUGAUUACAUAAAAUCAUUAGGUAUAAAAUAUACCUAUGUAAUAGAAUUAUCCCCAUCUUUUGAUGAUCAACAAAGUGGAUUUGUUGUUAAUGAAAAUGAAAUUAAAAAAAUUGGAAAUGAAGCCUUAAUUGCAUUUAAUGAAAUGCUUUAUCAAGUAUAUUCUGAAUUAUAA